CAGUUCAGUAACCUGGACCUGAUAAUACACUAACUUUAUCACUACGACGAAACACAAUCCUAAAUAAGAGACAAUGAGACAAUCAUAUAGGCUGCUCUGUUUCUGUGUCAUUCUUUAUUGGGUUGGACACGUCUCUGGAUAUUCUGUCAAUCUAAAGGAUGCAAGCACUGCCACUGAAGAACUGAGGAAAUAUUUUAACUCCAUUGACCAUGAGGAUAAAAAUAACGGACUUGUUUUUAAGAAGUUUUUUGACUCUUGGAAAGAGGAAGGAGAGGAAAAAAUUGUACUGAGCCAGAUUGUUCCAGUUUAUUUGAAGAUUCUUGACUCCAUUUCUAAAAUGAAAAAUGAAAAGCUACAAAUGAGCAUUAAAAACCUCAAAAUGAUGCUUAAUACAUUAUAUGAUGACUUGCUAAAGAAAAUGGACCAGAAACUCAGAGGCCUAAAUGAUCUAAAGACAAUACAGGUGGGAGAUGUUACAACCCAACAUUCUGCUAUUAAAGAACUUUUCAUGGUUUUGAGAGAACUGUCGAUAAUGGAAAAAACGAAAAACCAUGCCAUUAAAAAACAAAAACAAGAUUUCCAGCGACAAAAUAGAAGGAGUAGAUAUCAUUCUAGAUACUAAAAUCAAGCAUUUAU